AUGGGCACUGGGAGUGGCAGGGGAACAGCAUCCGUGGCUGGGAGCGCUGGCAGCAACUGGGGAGCGGGAGCCAUUCUCCUCCUCUUCCGGCCAGCUGGGAGCACUGCUGUUGGAGUGGCCAUCAUGACAGAGGAUGAUGGCACUGGGACAGCCGAGGCUUCAGGCACUGGUUCUGGGGCAAUAAAGGCUUCAAGCGCUGGCUCUGGGAUGGAUGAGGCUUCAGGAACUGGCAAGUUGACUGUGGCAGUCGUGGGCGCUGGCUCAUUGGCCGUGUCAGGCGUGGCCGCUAGCUUGUUGGCCGUGGCUGGUGUGGGCACUAAACAUGGGUCAGAGGACUCUGCGGCGGCUGUCUCUCAGUGUAGAACGAUGGAAUGGGAGAUGCGCCAGAGGUCGUGGCUCUUUAAAUGGUUGGGAAUAGGCAUUGGCGUUCUUCUGCUUACUGCUGCCAGCAGAUGUCAAGAUUCAGAAGACUGGCAGUAUGAAGAGUGCAAGCUCUCCCGGACAGGCCCGCCUGCCACCAUUGUAGCCAUAGAUGAGGAGAGCCCUAACGGAACUCUUCUGGUGGAGAACAUGCAAAUAAAUGGAAGAGCAGAAGACCCUGAUCGCACCAUCUCUUUAUCCUUACGAGACAACCAUGACUAUUGGGUCAUCCUGGACCCGGUCAGAAAACGACUGUUUCUAAACAGCACUGGACGACUUCUAGACCGAGAUCCACCUUCCUACAUUCAGUCCAUUGUGGUGCAGGUUCAGUGUACUAAUGAGCUUGUUGGCACGGUGAUACUGCACGAGGUGCGGAUAGUUGUACGGGAUCGCAAUGACAACGCCCCACACUUUCAGCAGCCACGCUACUAUGUAGCAAUUAAUGAGCUAACACCUGUUGGAACCACCAUCUUCUCUGGUUUUACGGGGAACAACGGGGCUGUUGACAUCGACGAUGGGCCUAAUGGACAAAUUGAAUACACCAUUCAGUACAACCCCAAAGAUCCGAGCACAAACAGGACAUUCGACAUCCCCCUCACCCUGUCUGGAUCGGUGGUUCUGAGGGAGCGGCUGAAUUACGAAGAGAUCACACGCUACCUGGUCAUCAUCCAGGCCAACGACCGAGCUCCAAACCCAAGCAACAGACUUACUGCUACCACCACACUCACGGUGGAUGUGUUGGACGGAGAUGACCUGGGCCCAAUGUUCCUGCCCUGCAGCCUUGUAGACAACACCCGCGACUGCAAACCUCUCACUUACCGCGCCAGCAUACUGGAGCUCACAGAUCCAAGCCGAGUAAACCCUGUCAAUGUGACACCACCCAUUCAGGCUGUGGAUCAAGACAGAAACAUUCAACCACCGCCAGAUCGUCCAGGCAUCAUGUACACAAUCCUUAUAGGGAAACCUGCGUCAUAUGCGGAGUACUUCUUCCUGAACCGCACCACAGCUGAGCUCCGGCUUCUACGGCUCAUCAGCAGAGAACAACACCAGCAUUUCGACCUUGUCAUUAAGGCAGAGCAGGAUAACGGACACCCUCUCCCGGCAUUCGCUAAUCUCCACAUUGAGGUGCUUGAUGAGAACAAUCAAGUGCCGUACUUCCAGGUGUCCACUUAUCAUGGAUUCAUCUCGGAAUCUGCUCCGCUGGGCACAACAAUCUCGAACAAUGCCAAUCUCUCCACGCCCCUUGCCAUUAUCGCUCUGGAUAACGACAUUGAGGAGACGAAGGACCCAAUGGUACGCAUCUCUCUGGACAACUACAACAGCAUCUUUGCAGUGACACCCAGUGGGAUAGCACGCUACCUGACACUACUGAGGCCUGUGGACCGUGAAGAGCAGCAGAGUUAUGCCUUCACGAUGAUCGCUUCAGAUGGAGUUCAGGAGAGCUCUCCAGUCACUGUGAAUAUUACUGUGAUCGAUGCCAAUGACAACACACCCACCUUCCCCAACGUUUCAUACAGCGUCAAUGUGUACACAGACAUGCUGCUCGGGGACACAGUCCUACAGCUGACAGCAGUAGAUGCUGACAACGGUCCCAACGGGCUAGUAAGCUACGAAAUCCUGGCGGGGGAUCAGGGACACUUCAGCAUCAAUGACUGUACAGGGCUAAUCACUGUGGUGCCCGGUGUCAACCUGACCAUGGGCCGCACUUACGCACUAACCGUUAGGGCCUCAGACAAUGGCCCUGUGUCCCAACAAAGAAGUUCCAUCACGACAGUGUAUAUUGAGGUGCUGCCACCCAACAACCAGAGUCCUCCCCGUUUCCCUCAGCUUUUAUACAUCCUAGAGGUCAGCGAAGCUAUGAGAACUGGAGCCAAACUGCUCAACAUACAGGCAACAGACCGUGAAAGAGAUCCCAUCAUAUACACCAUCCUGAGCGGAGAUCCAAACAACAUCUUUGAAGUCUCCCAAAAAUCUGGACUGUUGUUGUUGGCAAAAACACUGGACAGAGAGAUCACGGAUAGCUACACGCUAACGGUCACAGCUUCCGAUGGCAAGCCAGAUGGGACUUCGACUGCUACGGUGAAUAUAGUGGUGACUGAUGUCAACGAUAAUGACCCAGUAUUCGAUCCACUCCUGCCCCUCAAUCUCACAGUUCAAGAGGAAGAGGCCAACGCUUUUGUGGGUCAAGUGAAGGCCACUGAUCUGGACUUGGGUAUUAACGGGCAGGUGCAUUAUCGACUGGUCAGUCACAAGGAUCUUUUCAGGAUCAGUACUGAUGGCAGCAUUUUCACCGCUGUCCCACUGGACAGAGAGGAGAGGGGGCAGUAUGAUUUAGUGGUAGAGGCUUGGGACGGAGCCAAAGACCCUCGCCGGACUACCGUCACACUCUCCAUCACAGUGCUGGAUGUGGAUGACAACAGCCCGGUGUUCUCCCAGUCUGUUUACCACGCUACACUGCCAGAGAACAGCCCAGUGGGCAUGGUCAUCCUCAAUAUCAGUGCACUAGACCCUGAUCUGAACGCAAACGUCACCUACCGCAUUAGGACAGAGGACGCCCGGGAGCUGUUUGCCGUGAACCCCCUCACUGGAGAGCUCAGGGUGCUUCACUCUCUUGAUUUUGAGAAUUUCUUACCUAAUGGGACAACACACAUGUUCGUAGUCGAGGCAGUGGAUGGUGGCAAUGGGAACAUGCCCCCUGGAUUAGCUUCCGUCAUCGUCACUGUAAUGGACAUGAAUGACUUCUCACCAGUAUUCACUCAGACACUCUACCGGGGAAUGGUGGCACCCAACGCAAUCAAGGGGACCGUAGUCACCACAGUGCACGCAGAUGACCUAGACCCACUGGGUACUGCGGCCAGUCGAGUACACUAUAAAGUAGAUCUGGAGCAGUUUCCUUACAGCACUAGUAUCUUUGACAUGGAGGAGAACUCAGGCAGUGUUCUCACCAAAGUCAAUCUCAACGAGGAGCCCAACACUAAAUUCAAUUUGGCAGUUAUUGCUUACGAUGAUGGGGAGCCGAUGAAGUUCAAUAAGAGUCUUGUGGAGAUCACUGUCCUGCAGCCGUCAAUCAUUCCUGUCUUCACACAGGAGGAGUACAGGUUCUCUCCGGUCAGUGAGAAUGCCCCCGUGGGAACAGUCACUGGAGUCAUCUUGGCAGCUGCCAUAAACCAGACCAUUGUCUACUCCAUCAUUGAAGGAAACGAAGGCGGUGAGUUCAUAGUGAACAACAUCACCGGAGUUAUCAGCACUGCUAAGCCACUGGACUACGAGAACAACAGCAGUUACGUCCUCCGUGUGGAAGCUGACUCCAUGAGGGUGGUUUCGUCUAACCUGCGAGCCCCGUCCAAAACCAAUACAGCAAAGGUCUUCAUCGAUGUUCAAGAUGAGAAUGACCAUCCGCCUGUGUUCACAAAGCCGCUUUACCUGGGUGGGGUUGCAGAGGAUGCAAAGACCUUCUCCUCUGUUUUGCAGGUCCAGGCUGUGGAUAAGGACACCGGGAACUACAGCGCCAUGCUGUACAGGCUGAUUAUCCCCCCAACAACUGACGGCAAAGACGGCUUUGUUAUUGAGCCGUUCACAGGCAUAAUUAAGACAGCCAUCAUGUACAGGAACAUGCGACGCUCCUACUUCAAAUUUGACGUGGUUGCCACGGACGACUAUGGCGAGGGACUCAGUAGCAGCGCCCAAGUGGUGGUGUCUGUGGUAAACCAGCUGGACAUGCAGGUGGUCGUAUCCAAUGUGCCGCCCACCGUAGUUGAACAGAACAAGGAUCAGCUGAUUAGGAUUUUAGAGCGCUAUGUCCAGGACCAGAUCCCUGGGGCUAAAGUAGUUGUAGAGUCUAUCGGGCCGCGACGUUUCGGUGAUGGUUAUGAUCAGGAGGACUACUCAAAAUCUGACCUGAUGGUUUACGCAAUCGAUCCUAUGACCAACAGAGCUCUCUCAAGACAGGAGCUCUUCAAGUUUUUAGAUGGGAAGAUAUUGGACAUCAAUAAGGAGUUCCAGCCCUACAUAGGUCGUGGAGGACGUAUUCUUGAGAUCCGCACACCGGAUGUGGUUGAAAGCGUGAAGAAGGCAGUUCAGUCUGUUGGAUAUACUGAAGGAGCCCUGCUGGCCCUGGCCGUCAUCAUUAUCAUGUGCUGUAUCCCAGCCAUCCUUAUUGUCAUCAUCACCUAUAGACAAUUCAAAGAACGGCAGGCAGAGUGUGCAAAAACAGCCAGGAUCCAAAUGGCUCUUCCAGCUGGCAAAACAGGAGGUGCUGCAACCAACAAUCUGUAUGAAGAACUCGGCGACAGCACUAUGAGAGGGUACGGCCAUCAGGAGCAACAGCAGUUGCUCCGGCCUUCUCUCUUGAGACCAGAGGAACUCUCUAUGGAGUCUGGCAUCGACCCGGGACAGGACUAUUAUACACAGGAUUACUAUAAUUAUGACCAUGGCCAUGAACUACCUCAUUAUGGAAGCCGGCGGAAGCUGAUCUCUCCAACAGGGAUGUAUGAUGAAUAUGGAAAGGUGGUAAUGGAAGAUGACGGCAGCUACUACUACAGCCCGCACGAAUCAGAGGGAGAGGUUGCCAGGCGACAAAGAAGUCUGGCUCCACCUACAGGUGGCGUUCCACCACAUAGGCCCCCUAGACUAGCUUUUGCACACCAGCUUCCAAGGCUUAAACAUCACCUGCCCGAGCCAGCAGAGGGCAGCACACACCCUCAUCACUCAAAGACUGAAUCUAAACUGAAAGCACCCAUAAAACUUGGCCAAAUGUUCGACAGAAUGUCUGGCCCUCAACCUCCAUUCCACUUACUGUGGAAGAACAACAGAAUAUUUCCUAAGGAGAAAGCAGAAAGUAACCAUGACCCCAAACCAGCCACGAUACAGCAUUCAAACAGUAGCAUUGUCAUUGACGGCAGCUAUUUCCAGACUAAAGAGGCAAUGCCUUCUGCCAAAACAAGACUUGGAAAGGUUUUGAGCCAGAUGAACAUCUUAAAAACAUUGCAGACUCAUAAGAACUCUCUAAGCAGCAAUAGUGGGACUGGAGACCAUGGGAGUAAUAGAAUCACCUCAAUCUCUUGGGCAGUAAGCGACUCUGAGAGGGAAUCACAGAGUAUCCCUAGUGAUAGUGAGGGAACUGACAGAGAGAGAAGUGGGGUCAAGGAAGAUGUCAUUCAACAGACUUACACUGGAAGUGCCAUGUCAUUCACACCUUACCAUUCAUACAGACUUCAAGGAGGAGCACAUAUGAGUUGUUUAGACUCAGAUGAUGAGCAAGACCAGAGUCCUGUUAACUCAGAUCGAGACAGCCAAACAAAAAUUGAGCUAGAUGACACAGAGAUAGAGUCAAAGACAGAAUCAGAGACAGACCAAGACAGUGAAACAGAGAUAGAACAAGAGUCAGACACAGAGAGAGUGUCAGUAACCGAAAACGAGUCAGAGACAGAGGCUGGCUCUGAAUCAGAGCAGGAGACUGGGGCUGCAAAGGAGUCAAGUUCAGAAAGUGAGGGAAGUAGUAGCAGAGAGGCUAGUGUCAAAUCCGAGAACAAUGGAACAACCAACCAAAAAGAGAAUGAUGAGGACAAUAGAGAAGACAAAGUGCAAUUGGAAGAAGGUGACUCUCAAUUUCCUAAAUCCCUUAGUCAUUCCUCAGAAAGAAGACGAGAUUCUAGCUUCCACAGCUUGAGCAGCCUCUCCAUGGCCAGCAUUAGCGCAACAAGAACUUUAGAGAUUGACAAACUCUCUCCUAUAGCUGAAAAUGAAGAAUGGGUAAGGACACCAGAGAGCAGUGAUAGCCCAGUUGAUGGUUCAGGCUCCGCAGAUGGAAGAAGAAACUUCAAAUUAGAUGAAGAGGUUGAGGAAUCCAAUUCAGAUGCUGUUGAGGCUGCCGAUGCUUCCUGAAAUAUAUUCUCAAAUGUUCAUAUGGUAGAAAAAAGAGGAUCAAGCUUAUUGCAGACCGUGAAUACGAGACCAGUUCAACUGGAGAAGAAAGUGCCCCUGAAUCGCACAGAAACUGGCAGUCAAAUGUAAACAGCCACAGCAACAUCAACGGCAGCAUC